AUGUUGGAGAAUAAGAAGUUGCUUAAACUUGCAAAAGACUGGCUUGGAGUGGAUGUAGAUCCGGUCACUAGAGCUGAAAUUCAAAAGCUUGUGGAUGAUCAAAAAUACGAGGAGCUUGAUAAAAGACUGUCCAAUAGGAUUGUUUUUGGUACAGCUGGUUUACGGUCCCGAAUGGAGGCAGGAUUUAGUCGCAUAAAUGAUGUUACCAUUCUUCAAGCUUCUCAGGGCUUAGCCAAGUACAUUUUGGAUUUAAGCGCCGGAAAAGAUGAAGACUUGUCUGUUGUGAUUGGGCACGACCACAGGUAUCAUUCCGAAAGGUAUGCGGAUCUCACUGCGGCAGCCUUUCUUCAUUAUGGCUUUAAAGUGUAUUAUCUUGGUCCUGGCGUGAUUGCUACACCUGUUGUUCCAUUCUCAGUUGAUCAUUUUAAGGCUUCUGCCGGUGUUAUGAUUACCUCUUCGCAUAAUCCAAAGGAUGAUAAUGGAUACAAGGUGUACUGGAAGAAUGGAUGUCAAAUAAUCCCACCACAUGACAAGGGCAUACAGAAGUCGAUAAUACAUAAUUUGAAACCAUUCUUUACGGAUGAGAAGUGGGAUACGGAGUCUGUAUUUAAGGAGCAUGAAGAAGAGCUUCAAUACUGCAAGGUGGAGGUUGUAGAGUCCUAUAUUCAAGCAAUAAAGGAGAAGCUUAUCACAGGUCCUGUUUCUGGCUUUCAGGCUGUCUACACACCAAUGCAUGGUGUUGGAUAUGAAUUUGCUGCUCGUAUUACUGCUCAACUUGGAGAUGAGUAUGAUUAUGGAAUUGAAGAAUCUGCUGAGACCAAUGAGGCAUCAAAAGAUGAGUGUGAAACAGCUGCUGAUGGAACCAAAAGUGAUGAAGGUGAAACAGCUGUCGAGGAGACGAGCAUAAAGAAUGGAGAGCUAGAUCCUCAACAAUCUGUCGAAAAGGCUUCAGCUGGAGUGGAUCAUAAUGAUGGAAAGAAGCCACUUUUAGUUGUGGUUCCAGAGCAAAAGAAUCCCGAUCCAGAUUUUCCAACAGUGUCUUUUCCUAACCCGGAAGAGAAAGGUGCUCUAGACUUAGCCAUAUCUACCGCUGAAAAGGCCGGAAUUUCGUUGGUGGUUGCUAAUGACCCUGAUGCAGACAGAUUUUCUGUGGCGGUCAAGGAAAGAGGUGUAUGGAAACAACUCACAGGGAAUGAGAUUGGCUUCCUCUUUGCCUAUUACAUCGCCAAGAAGUAUUCAAAGGAUGAGCUUGAUAAAGUGUACAUGGUGAAUUCAACUGUGUCAUCCCAAAUGAUUGCUUCUGUGGCGGAGAAAAUGGGAUUCCACCAUGAGGAAACUUUGACUGGCUUCAAGUGGAUCGGAAAUAAGGCCAUAGACUUGGAGAAAGAGGGUUUUAGUGUUCCUUUUGGAUUUGAGGAGGCCAUCGGAUUUAUGUUUUCUGUUUCCCAUGAUAAGGACGGUAUUUCUGCAUUGGCUGUUUUCUUGCAAAUGUAUCAGGAGCUAAGAAAUAAGGAGUUAAGCAUAUCUUCCGUCUUGAAUCAAGGCUAUAAGAAGUUUGGCUUUUACAGUUCUUGUAAUGGUUACUACAGAACAACAGACAAAUCUAUAAUUCCAAAGAUCUUCGAUGAAACGAUCAGGCAGAGUGCUUUUGAUCAGUAUCCAAGACGUAUUGGAGAUUAUGCCGUUCUUUCUUGGAGAGAUCUUACUGUGGGCUUUGAUUCAAGUACUAAGGACCAUCAACCGGUUCUUCCAAUUGAUCCGUCUUCUCAAAUGAUUACAUGCACACUUCAAGGUGCCAAUGAGAAUGAAAGGGUCAGGUUCACCGCCCGUGGUUCUGGAACAGAGCCUAAAUUAAAGGUUUAUAUCGAGGCUAAAAGUCAAUGGGGUGCCAGGUCAAAGAAAUUGGCAAAAGCCGUUUGGGAAGUUUUAAAAAGAAAAUGGUUCAGACCGGGAUUCAAUGAUUUAAGUGAAGUUGAUUAUGGUGACUUAAAGCCUAAAAAAUCCAAUUUCAAGCAGUCCAAAUGGAGGAAAAUAGGGCCGAUCUUAUGUGCGAUCAUAUUAUUCGUGUACAUUAUAUUAGGAGGAAAGUAUUUUUCUUCUUCAGAAGCUGAUCCGGCGGGAAGCAAAUCCAAGGCUGACUCUGUGACGUUUGGGGAAAAUAUGGGGCAGAAAUCUACUCAAGUUUUGAUAAAUAAUAACCAUAAUGCGGGGGUUCAGUUGAAAAAUGGUAAUGAGAUGUCCGAUCUACCGAAAAAUGAAGAUGAUUUGCCUGAUUCAGUUCAUAUAUAUGAUUUGGGCAAGUCCCAAGGCAAAAUAAAGGCCGAACAGAAUGAACAACGUGUUCUUCUAUUGAUUCCACUUAGAAACUGUGAAAACAUGCUUCCUUUGAUGUUCCGGAAUAUGAUGAACAUGACAUACGAUCAUUCGCUCAUUGAUGUAGCGUUUCUCGUUAGUGACUGCACCAAGGGGGACCGGACGUUGGAAAUGUUGUAUAAGUAUUCGAUCGCACUUCAAGAAAAAGAACUACUUCCCAUGCUUGAGGAGCAUGACAAUAAGGUCACGUCUAAAGGAUUCUAUGGUACAACAGAUCUGUAUAUGCGAUACAUGCCGGAAGAUUAUAUAAAGAAAGUGAAAAAUGCGUUCUCGCCCCCAUACCAUGAAGGUUACACCAAGCCGUUCCAUAAUAUUGAAAUCUAUCAGAAAGACUUUGGUCAAUCUAUAGGACAGGGUUUCAGCGAUAGGCAUGAUGUGAAAAUACAAGGUAUUCGUCGAAAGUUGAUGGGCCGGUCGAGAAAUUGGCUUUUAAGCGCGGCAUUGCGCCCAUAUCACUCGUGGGUUUAUUGGAGAGAUGUGGAUAUUGAGUUAUGUCCCGGCGAUGUUCUACAGUUUAUGAUGAAGUUUGCCAAAAACUUUGAUAUUAUGAUUCCAAAUGUUUGGAGGCCACUUCCAACAUUUUUGGGUAACGAGCAGCCUUACGACUUGAAUUCGUGGAUUGAAUCGGAUGAGGCACUUAAGCUUGCGAAAACUCUUGAUGAAGAUGAUGUUAUUGUAGAAGGGUAUGCUGAAUAUCCGACCUGGAGAGCCCAUUUGGCAUACAUCAGGGAUCCGAAUGGAAAUCCAAAUGAAAUUGUGAGUCUUGACGGUGUUGGAGGUGUUUCGAUACUGGCAAAGGCUGAGGUUUUUAGGAGAGGCGCAAACUUCCCUGCUUUCACAUUCCUAAAUCAUGCAGAAACUGAAGCGUUUGGUAAAAUGUCCAAGCAAAUGGGCUUCAAAAUUGCAGGUCUUCCCCAUUAUACUAUAUGGCAUAUCUACGAACCAAGUCAAGAGGAUCUUCAAAAGAUUUCACAGAUGGAAAGGAAGAAACGUCGUUUUGGAAAGUAUAAUGAUAACUGA